UACGGAAAGCCAAUGGAACCCAAUGAGCUGUCGCCGCCGCCGCAGCGCUGAGAGGACCAGCCAUUUUACUUAUGGAAAGCCCUGUGUGGCAUCGAGCUUCGGGGUGGAAGAAGCAUUUAUUAUUAUUUUUUUAAGACUUUUGAGAGAAGAGAGCCGCAAUGGGCAUGCUAGUGCUCAAUCAUUGCAGCCACGUGUGCCUGCAAGCUGCCCCUGCGACAAGCUGUUGACUUGCUGUUGCAAUUAGCUGAUUGGAGCGCGGGGAAUGCAGGGUGAUAAUGCUGCGUAUCCGCUCGCGGGCAGCAGGAAAGGGUUUUGUCUCGGGAAGGCGAGCCUUCCCCGCACAGUUAUCUCAGCAGCUCCCCAGCUGAGAGAACUGAGGCUCUGAAAAGAGGGUGUCGCCCUCUGCUAGCACGAAUCCUGAGCGAGGCUGCUGCUGCUGCUGCUUAGGAGCCGCGGGUCUGGGAAAGCAGGUGUGUGCUCGGAUGGGCACUGGGCUGGAACGCAGGCGGACGCUCUCGGGUUCACCUGCUUCCUGUGAACAGACUGUUAGCUCAGAGCAUCUGCUCCAGCACGCUGACGCUGAGAAAGGGGCUCCGGGCAUCCCACUUGACUGACGGAGACGAUUGGAUUGCACUUAAUCUUAAACCUCUGGAGGUCAAGACCUUUUAAAAAGGGCUACAUACACAAUCUCUACACGGAAAAGGCCCCUGACCUGCGCUUCCUCUGUUGGAGCAACUGUGAAUUUCAGCCUCUUCAAGAGCCAGAAUAGGACAGACUCAUAUACCAUUCUGAUCUGGGUGCAUUUCUUCAGAAGGAAAACCGAAGACUUUAAUAACAAACCCUUCAAGGUGAAAAUGAAUACAGAUAGCGGUGGGUGUGCUCGCAAACGUGCCGCCAUGUCUGUUACGUUAACAUCUGUGAAGAGAGUUCAAAGUUCUCCAAACCUAUUGGCUGCAGGGCGUGAUUCUCAGUCUCCAGACUCAGCGUGGAGAUCUUACAAUGAUCGAAAUCCAGAGACACUGAAUGGAGAUGCCACAUAUUCCUCUCUUGCAGCAAAAGGUUUUAGAAGCGUCCGACCAAACCUUCAAGACAAAAAAUCACCAACCCAGAGCCAGAUAACCAUCAAUGGCAACUCUGGUGGCGCUGUGAGUCCAGUGAGUUACUAUCAACGGCCAUUUUCCCCUUCUGCAUACUCCCUGCCAGCCUCACUCAACUCCAGCAUUAUCAUGCAGCAUGGCAGAUUGCUUGAUUCUGCAGAGGCAUAUUCCCAGCAUGCCCAGUCUCUGGAUGGCACCAUGGGAGGCUCCAUCCCACUCUACAGAUCCUCAGAGGAAGAGAAGAGGGUAACAGUGAUCAAAGCCCCGCAUUACCCAGGGAUCGGCCCUGUGGACGAGUCCGGCAUCCCCACGGCCAUUAGGACGACAGUGGACCGGCCGAAGGACUGGUACAAGACAAUGUUCAAACAAAUUCACAUGGUCCACAAGCCAGAUGAGGACUCAGACAUGUAUAAUACUCCUUACACAUACAAUGCAGGUCUGUACAACUCACCCUACAACGCUCAGUCACACCCUGCUGCGAAGACGCAGACCUACAGACCUCUUUCCAAAAGUCACUCAGACAACGGCACGGAUGCUUUUAAGGAGGUGCCCUCCCCAGUGCCUCCCCCACAUGUCCCACCACGACCAAGAGAUCAGUCUUCAACAGAAAAGCAUGACUGGGACCCUCCAGACAGAAAGGUGGACACCAGAAAAUUCCGAUCGGAACCAAGGAGUAUUUUUGAAUAUGAGCCUGGGAAGUCAUCCAUUCUACAGCAUGAAAGACCCCCCCCUCUCCCAACAACUCCGACACCUGUUCCCCGGGAACCCAGCCGGAAACCUCUCUCGGUGUCGCCCUCAACAGAUGGCCUGCGUAGCCCUUCCCCUCCGCCCCGGAGCUGUGUCCCCGCACCCCGUCAGAGUCCGAGCGCCCCAGCUCUCUCUCCCACCCGGACUGGUCGCAUAAAUCCAGAUGACAUAGAUUUAGAAAAUGAGCCCUGGUAUAAAUUCUUUUCAGAACUGGAAUUUGGACGUCCGCCUCCUAAAAAGGCUCUGGAUUAUGUUCAAGAUCAUUCUUCCGGUGUUUCCAAUGAGGCCUCCAUCUACCAGCCCUCCAUUGACAGAAGCCUGGAAAGACCCAGUAGCUCUGCAAGUAUGGCUGGUGACUUCAGGAAACGGAGGAAGAGUGAGCCGGCAGUGGGCCCACCCAGAGGCUUGGGGGAUCAGAAUGUGAGCAGGGCCAGCCCUGGCCGGGCAGACCUCCCGGGAUCAAGCUCCACAUUUACGAAGUCUUUCAUUAGUUCCUCUCCUUCCUCUCCCUCAAGAGCCCAAGGUGGGGAUGAUGGCAAAAUGUGCCCAUCCCUUUGCGGUUACUCGGGGCUCAAUGGUGCCCCCUCUAGUGAGUUAGACUACUGUAGUGCUUAUAGACAGCAUUUGGAUGUCCCCCGGGACUCUCAAAGGGCCAUCACCUUCAAGAAUGGCUGGCAAAUGGCCCGGCAAAAUGCAGAGAUCUGGAGCAGCACUGAAGAGACUGUGUCCCCCAAAAUCAAAUCGCGUAGCUGUGAUGAUCUCCUGAAUGACGACUGUGACAGCUUCCCAGAUCCUAAAGCCAAGUCAGAAAGUAUGGGUUCUCUGUUAUGUGAAGACGAUUCCAAAGAGAGCUGCUCCAUGGCAUGGACUUCCCCCUACAUCCAGGAAGUAUGCGGUAACAGUAGAUCUAGAAUCAAACACAGGUCAGCCCAUAAUGCCCCAGGCUUCCUCAAAAUGUACAAGAAGAUGCAUCGCAUCAACCGCAAGGAUUUGAUGAACUCGGAGGUAAUUUGCUCCGUGAAGUCCAGGAUACUGCAGUAUGAGAAGGAACAGCGGCACAGGGGUCUGCUCCAUGGAUGGAGCCAGUCUUCCACUGAGGAGGUGCCCAGGGACAUGGUACCCACCCGCAUUUCAGAAUUUGAAAAGCUGAUACAGAAGUCCAAGUCCAUGCCCAAUCUAGGGGAUGAGAUGCUAUCUCCUGUAACUCUAGAACCCCAACAAAAUGGUCUGUGUCCCAAGAGGCGAUUUUCUAUUGAGUCUCUGCUGGAGGAAGAAACUCAGGGUAGACAGCCUUCUCAGGGUCAGCGAAACUGCAAGUCGACAACCCUGGUGCCCAUCCACAUUGAAGUCACCAGUGAUGAGCAACCCAGAACACAUAUGGAGUUUUCCGACAGUGACCAAGAUGGUGUUGUGUCUGACCACAGCGACUAUGUUCAUGUAGAAGGGUCAUCCUUUUGCAGUGAAAGUGACUUUGACCAUUUUUCAUUCACAUCCUCUGAAAGUUUCUAUGGAUCCAGCCAUCACCACCACCACCAUCACCACCACCAUCACCGACACCUCAUCAGUUCUUGCAAAGGCCGAUGCCCAGCCUCUUACACUCGAUUUACCACAAUGUUAAAACAUGAAAGAGCUAAACAUGAAAAUACUGACCAUCCCAGAAGGCAAGAAAUGGACCCCGGCCUAUCUAAACUUGCAUUUCUGGUCAGCCCGGUGCCUUUCCGAAGGAAAAAGAAUUUGACUCCCAAAAAACAGACUGAACAGGCAAAAUGCAAAGCCUCUGUAGUGGAGGCUCUGGACUCUGCCCUUAAAGACAUCUGUGACCAAAUAAAAGCUGAGAAAAGGAGAGGGAGCUUGCCAGACAACAGUAUAUUGCAUAGGCUUAUCAGUGAACUGUUGCCAGAGAUUCCGGAAAGGAAUUCAUCCCUUAAUGCUCUGAAAAGGAGCCCCAUGCACCAGCCUUUCCACACACUGCCUACAGAUGGUGCUAUUCACUGUCCACUGUACCAAAACGAUUGUGGGAGGGUACCUCACAGUGCCUCUUUCCCAGACGUGGACACAGCCAACAACAGCUACCACGCACAGGACUACGGUAGUACCCUGAGUCUCCAAGACCAUGAGUCCCCUAGAAGUUACUCAUCUACUUUGACUGACUUGGGAAGAAGUCUAUCACGGGAACGAAGAGGAACUCCAGAAAAAGAGAAAUUGCCUGCAAAAGCUGUCUAUGACUUCAAAGCUCAGACAUCUAAGGAGCUAUCAUUUAGGAAAGGAGAUACGGUCUACAUCCUCAGGAAAAUUGACCAGAACUGGUAUGAGGGGGAACACCAUGGAAGAGUGGGCAUUUUUCCAAUCUCCUACGUAGAGAAGCUAACACCUCCAGAAAAAGCACAGCCCGCCAGACCACCGCCCCCCGUCCAACCUGGAGAGAUUGGCGAAGCCAUAGCCAAAUACAACUUCAAUGCAGACACAAAUGUGGAACUCUCCCUGCGAAAGGGCGAUAGAAUUAUUCUUCUUAAAAGAGUUGAUCAAAACUGGUAUGAAGGGAAAAUCCCAGGAAGCAACAGGCAAGGCAUCUUCCCCGUUUCCUAUGUAGAAGUCAUCAAGAAGAAUGUAAAAGGUGCUGAGGACUACCCUGACCCUCCUAUACCCCACAGCUACUCUAGUGACAGAAUUCACAGCCUAAGUUCCAACAAGAUACUGGUCUUGAUGCUUAGUUUAAAAAGAAAGGAAACUCUUUUGAGAGUUCAGUGCACUGGGGAUUUCUACCAAUAUUUCUCUUCUAAGCCGCAUCGUCCUAUGUUCACUCACGAAAACAUUCAAGGUGGGGGGGAACCGUUUCAGGCUCUGUAUAACUACACUCCUAGGAAUGAAGAUGAGCUGGAACUCAGAGAAAGUGAUGUCGUUGAUGUGAUGGAGAAGUGUGACGAUGGAUGGUUCGUGGGAACUUCAAGAAGAACCAAAUUCUUUGGUACUUUUCCUGGAAACUACGUCAAGAGGCUGUGAAUCACCUCCCUCCUUAUUUAUUCCACAUGUCAGCAACACAUCUGCAUAACUCACCUGGAACAUCCCAGCAGGCCUGUCGCUGUCAUGGUUUCCAAUAGGCCAUCACCAUCUCCACCUGCUGCCACCAAAUCACCAGCAGUGACUGCCGCUGUGAGCCUUAGGGAGGCUGGGAGCUUUAGGGAAAUGUGGCAAGCUUAUACCCACAUAAAUGCCGUUUCCUGCUUUCUGUCCUGAACUUUGAAACGUUUGUGUGUGGAAUCAGAAUGAAAGUCGUCAUACUCAAAAGGAGUGGGAUAGUUAAGGCAGAAAGAAGAAAGAAAGAAAGAGAGAAAGAAAGAAAGA